AUGAAAGAGUCGCUAUCGCUUGACUACUCCACAUUCUCAGACCUACUGCUGAUCGAAAAAGAGCUUCUUGGUGAGUACCAGCUGCUAGCGUUGAAGCUCCAUGCGCUAGCGGGAGAGAUCGCCACUCUCAACAAGCAAAAAGCCGUUCUGGAAGCAGCGACGGCGGCAGUGCCCGCGGACGCUCUUUUGGGCAACAUGAGGAACUUGGAGAGGAAAAUUGGCCUUGUGUAUACCUUGUUCAAGACGGCGGUGUACUCGAUGCAGUUGCAGAAUCAAGAGCUUGAGGAGAUGGCAGAGAGAGGCGAGAGAGAGCAGCAGCCAGAGGAGUUGCACAGCGAAGUGGAUGAGUGA